AUGCAUUUAUACACUGCCCUCAUGGUCCUUGCGACCUUGUCAGCUCCUUCUGUGUCAGCUCCUGUCCAGCCACGCGCCAAUUUCGGCGCGCCCCCAGGAGGUGAUGUCUCUAUCCUCAAUUAUGCCUUAACACUAGAAUAUCUCGAGCGGAAGUUCUAUCAGCAAGGCCUGGCGAACUACACCGAGAAGGACUUUCACAAGGCAGGAUUCUCCCAUGAUUUCUACAAGAAUCUGAAAGAGAUCUACUUUGAUGAACAAACCCACGUGUCAUUUCUCGCGGGUGCUCUCGGGAAUGCAUCCAUCAAGGAGCCCACUUUUGCCUUUCCCAGUACGGAUGCCAAGUCCUUCGUGCAGCUUGCAUCGGUCCUCGAAGGCGUCGGCGUCUCUGCGUACCUCGGUGCUGCAGCAGCCAUCGCCGACAAGGCGUACCUGACCGCAGCCGGCUCAAUCCUAACGGUCGAGUCGCGCCAUUCGUCCUAUGUCCGAAAUGCCCUGGGCCAGGCACCCUUUCCCAAAUCGUUUGACACACCUCUGGACUUCAACGCCGUCUAUAGCCUCGCGGCUGGGUUUAUUACCGCCUUCGCCCCAGGGACGCCAGCGCUGCCGUUCAAGGCGUUCCCGCCUCUGACAGUUCAGCCGAGCAAGAAGGCUUAUGUUGCGGGCAAGUCGCCUGUGACUUUUACUAACGCAUAUGCCAAUGCGAUGCAGGCUGGAUUGGCGCAGGAAAAGACCCCCGUGUACGCCGUGUUCUACUCAGGGUUAGACACAUAUUAUGUUCCCGUAGCAGUCGAUUCGGGAGGCAAGGACGUAAUUAAAGCUGCCGACGAAAAUACGAUCUCUGGGGUUGGUGUUUUGGAAAUUGGUUCCAAGUAG